UUGUCGGAGCUGUCAAGUAGCCAGACCAGUUGACCUCAGAUCAGUUGACCAGAUCAGUUGACUUCAGAUCAGUUGACCUCAGAUCAGUUGACCUCAGAUCAGUCGACAUCAGAUCAGUUGACCUCAGAUCAGUUGACUUCAAUUGACCUCAGUUCAGUUGACCUCAGAUCAGUUGACUUCAGUUGACCUCAGAUCAGUUGACCUCAGAUUAGUUGACUUCAGUUGACCUCAGAUCAGUUGACCUCAGAUCAGUCGACCUCAGAUCAGUUUACCUCUGAUCAGCUGAAAUCGAAUAAUGAAAAUUAUCUUCAUUAUAUUAAUAGUUAUUUUAGUUGGUAGCACUCUAGUUAUGUUGGUUUGUCAUGCCAGGAUCAUCAGGAACUGCCUCUUUCCGAUUCCGGAUACAAAAAUAGUGACCAAUACCACAUUUGGCAACUACUUCCUGUUGUCCGUGCCCUACCGGAGAGGCAUGGAGGUCACUUUUCUGCUGUCCACUAGCGUGGAUCAGGUCAACGUGACGAUCAACACUUCUAUCAAGGCUCUACCUCUUCAGAAGACCAUUCAAGUGGUUAGUGCCUCGACCACCUACUUUGUAGUCAACAAGGCGUAUCAAUAUGAAAGAAGCCUCAGCGCCUACUGGGCUUUCAAACUUAUGGGUGAAAAUAAGUUCACUGUGAUGGUGUUUCUGUCUGACAUGAUGGACCACUCAGGAGAGAGCUUCCUUGUACUGCCUGUUGCAUCUUGGGGCCGCAGAUACUACAUUGUUACACUUAAUGGACAACCCUUCUUCCACGUUGUGGCCCACGUCGCAACCACGGUGAUCGUAAACAUCAAGCUGCUAGCUGGGAGCACGGUCGUUGUCAAUGGAGACCAGUACAACAACUCCCAAGUCUUGAACUUAACUUUGCGCUGUGAAGAAGCGUACAUUGUACAGAUGUGUGAAGUCCAACAGAUGACUCAGUCACUCGCAGAUACAGUAAUAACGUCUUCCGAGGCUGUUGGCGUUUUGUCGGGAAACUGUAACGCGGGAACCAAAGAAGACAACGCCUGCCCGAAUAAAAACUUCACAGACUAUUCAGACAUCCUGCUAGAAAUGCUAAUGCCCGAGGAAAUGUUUGGCAAAACAUUCGUGAUCCUGUCUACGUCUUCUCGCAUCCGGGACUUGCAGAUGAUCGCCUACAUCUCCCCCCACGUGGCUUCCACUCACAUCACGUACUACACUAGAGAUGGUUCCCCUCAGACAUUCUUAGCGCGGCUUGGAGAGAUGCAGAAGAUGCCUGUUCAGCGUCAUUCCUAUUAUUUGACCAGCACCAAAGUGAUACAAGUGACUAUCUUUCAGCAGUCAUCAUGCGCCAAUGAGUUAGGCAGCCCAGCUAUGAGUGUAGUGAUACCCGUGGAACUAUUCUACCCUACUUACUUAGUCAGUGUGCCCAACAAUACCGGAAAUCAUUAUCUGCUGCUGGUGGCAAGGAAAGAGCACCAACACGACUUCAAGUAUAAUAAUAAUCGAAUUUAUUCAACAUGGAUGAUAGUGGUUGGUCACGCUAACUGGAGUACAGGGGAUGGUAAGAUACCUCCAGGAGUCUACGACGUUAAUAAUGAGCAGGGCAGUACGUUCGGAUGCUACCUCUAUGGUAUCAACAAGUUUAGGACGUACAUGCAACCUGUUGGCUACAAUACAACACACAUCAACUUUAUUUGCAAUUCAACAGUGGCGACGAUGAAACCUGGGGACAAAAUAGAUAAUGACUGCGAUGAAAGUGUUGAUGAAGAAGAGAAAGAUGGGAUAGAUAAUGAUCAAGACUCGUUAAUAGAUGAAGACCUGAUGCCUAUAGUGGAUGGGAACUGGGGAGAAUGGAGCCCAUGGAUUUGCCCACGGUUGUGUGACAAUGACACAUUCUUAGAACAUACGAGAGAGUGCAACAAUCCAGCACCAAGACAUGGCGGCAAGGAGUGUGAUGGUCUGAAGGUGGAUAUGCAUCCGAACACGACUUGUAAGGGCACCGACAAACUCUGCCCCUACGAAUGCUGGACGGGUACUUUUGGUAUUGGCUGUGAAGGGGACUGCAGGAACUGUGAAGACGACUGUGAAAAAAUCAACGGCUCGUGCCAGCAAUGCAAACUGGGAUUCUCAGGACAUGAAAGAGGAUGUACACAGACCUGUCCACCCAUGACCUAUGGCUUUGGAUGUAAAGGCUUGUGCAUUGAGAAGUGUAAUGAAGAAUGCCUGGACACUGUCAAUGGAGAUUGUCCUGAAAGAAGUCAGCUGAUCAACAUCCUGCUGGCCGUGUUAGUCUUGCCUCCAGUAUUUGUUAUCUAUAUAUGUAUUGACAAAUGUUUCCAAAAGUCCCCUCUGCCAGUGGUGACGACGAGAACUUUAAGGGCGUCCCCUUCUCUGUCUGGGAGCAGCGAUGAGACACGCAGUCUGCACUUCUUCGACCCGAGGAAGAUGCUGAGAACCAUGCGCUCCAAGACAUCAGAAGCCACCACAAACGUCACGAUGGAAACUGAGACAGAGAACACAUCUACCACAACAUGGAACGACGACCAAACGGAAGACACACAGGCCCAAUCAAAGACCAAGAACAAUAUUUUUGUGGGUUAAAUUUCUUGCCAAACAAACAAGAGAGUUUCUAGCUCAGACACAAAGAAUCAUCAAUGCUAUGCUCAAGUACAGCGAUGCCGUAGGGUGCUAAUCGUCUGCCAAGCAAGUCACGUGACCUAUGAUGAUGCUGAUUUAGGAUAACGAAAACAAUACAGAACUGUCCAAAUCUCACGAAUUCUCGUCUCACGUGACGCACGUAGUACGACCAAAAUGUCCACCAAUGUUAUCAGUUGUACUGCGAAAUAUUUUAAUUCGUUUAGUCAUGGAACUUUUCUUUUAUAUAGUUCUUUUUAUUUAUUGUAUAGCUGUUCUUAUGAAUUCAAAUCAAUAAAGUUAGUGUUUUUAACUGAAAACAUUGUGAUUUUCAUUUCGCCUGUCUUUUCACAUCUAGACUAUUUAUUAUCAAACUCAAACCUUUUAACAAAGCUUAGUAGGCCUAUAUCAACUCACUCUGUCUGUCAAAGCGUUUACCAGAUGUAAUUGUAGUGAUUAGUUUGGAUCAGUCAUGUAAUUAAAUUUUUAAUACAUCUAGACUAAAAAUAAUAAAUCUGUGUGAUUAGAAAUAUUUGUAUCAAUUGUUUUUGUUAAGCUUUUAGCUUUCUCAAUGUGCAUUUGUGUGGACCUGUUGGGAAA